UGCAGUAAGUUGUAGAAACGCAACUUCAACGAAAUACAGAACACAAAAUGACUCACGAGUGCGUCAAAAGCAAGCAAACAGUUAAUUUGGGUAAGUAAUUCUUAAGCGUUUCCCCGUUUCUAUUUUUGGCUAAAUUCAUCUUCUUCUGCGUUACUUAAGAAUUUGUGAGAUCUUGAAGAUACAGGAGGAAGAUUAAAGGCCACAUCAUGUCGAUAUCAGAUGUGGCUUCUAUAUGGUUGGUGGUGCUUUUCUAGGAGCUCCAGUUUCUGAGAUUUUAAAAUUGGUAAUCGAAGAGGCCAAGAAAGUGAAAGACUUCAAACCCUUAUCUCAAGAUCUUGCGUCCACGAUGGAGAGAUUGGUUCCGAUAUUCAAAGAAAUUGACUCAAUGCAACAAAGAUGCAACGGUGAACUAAUUGUUUUGAUCAAGACGUUGGAAAGAGCUGAGAAGAUGGUAUCAAACUCAAGAGCCAAGCUUCACAUGGAGCACUGCUAUGUCUGCAAAGAUAUUAUUAUUUCAACUGCUCAACGUAUAGAGUACAAUGAGCAUCCCUUCUGGUUGGAAAAAUAUUGUGCUUGUCAUGAUUUUGAUGGUACUCCCAAGUGUUGCAGCUGUGAAAGAUUAGAGCCUAAAGAAACGAACUAUGUGAUUAUUGGUGAUGGUCGGUGGAUAUGUCUAGAAUGUAAUGAGUCUUCAAUUAGGGAUACUUAUGAAUGCCAACCUCUGCAUUUUGAAAUCCGUGAAUUCUUUAAAGGCUUAAACAUGGAGAUUGAGAAACAGUUUCCUCUUGUUUUGGUUGAGAAACAAGCGCUGAAUACAGCUGAGGAGGAAGAUAAGAUUGGCCAUCAUCACGAGGUGUCAACCAGGGGUUGUUGCUUUUCCGAAGAGGUGAUCAUAACGAGUGUCUCAAGGAUACCGAAGAUGCAGUCAAACAAUAUGUUAAUUGAAGAAAUAGAAACUGUACGGCCCGUCGGUGAAUCCAAGAUCAUUUCAGUUAUGAUCUUGUAUGGACUUCCUAGGUUAGUAACAGGAUCAAUCUUAGCCCAUGAAAUGAUGCACGCAUGGCUUAGAAUCAACGGGUAUAGGGACCUUGAGCCUGAUGUUGAAGAAGGACUAUGCCAAGUGGUGGCACAUAUGUGGCUGGAGAGUCAGACUUACGCCUCUACCAAUGGUGCUGCGGCCUCAUCAUCGGCUUCUUCUUCUUCUCACAUGCGGGUUAACACAACAAAUGAACCUAUGUUUGAGGAGAAACUAGUGGAGUUUUGCAAGAAGCAUAUAGAAAAAGAUGAUUCACCGCUCUACGGUCUUGGAUUCAACAGAGUUCACGAGAUGGUCACAAAUUCAAGCCUCCAUCAAACACUGAGAGGUUUUCCAAGCAGGAAGUUAAAGACGGAACGCCAGGUUCAAAUCUUAGAAUCAAACAGACGCACAUUUUCCAAUUUCAAAGGUUCAUGAAGCCAUUACUAAGUACCCCCUUCCUUUGGUGUUUGUUUUUUUUUUUUUUUUUUCUUUUUGUAUUCACUGCUUUGUCUUAUUUUCUUGGAAAAAAACACUAUGUUCCUCUGUUUAAACUGCUGCUUCACUUCUCUUUA